AUCGCACAUGCUACCUGAGGAACAGCUGUUUAUCAUGGUCACACUUGCCGUAAGGUCUGUAUGUGGGCUAUCUACGAGAAACAGUUUGGCACUAGCGCGAGAUACUGCGGCUGCUCUAUUAACACUCCUAGCGCUAAGCCCUGGCAUGGUUUGUCUACUCACAAGUAUAUUUUUGAUACCUCGUAUUCGAUACGGAUAGAAUUGCGAAAGAUACUAACAAGAGGAGAAAUCUUUCUCUAUUCUUUUUCUGCUCGUAGACUUCUGAACUUAUGAAUCAGCCGACUCUUGCGUCAUAGAUACUACCUCGCAAAACCAAUGGCAGUGUGUCGGAAUAGCGUUUCGCUGAACAGAUGUCAGACUAAAGCACGCAGUAGUUCAUCUAACACCAGUGGCAUCAACAGGGCCUCCAAAUCGGUGUUGUUUACCUUCAACAGACGCUCAGUUCGAUCCAUACCAAAAGGUAUUUUUGAAGAAUGUAGUGACUGUGAAUGUUCGCACAAGACGGUCACAAAAGACCCUAAAAAUGAUCACGAAACUCCCAUGAUGUGUGAAGACGAUGAGAACAUCUUGCAAGUAGGUCAGUCAUCGAAAUUAUUUAGCUCAUUAUCGACGGGAAAUACCAGCCAAGGCGAAGACUCUGACAGCUCAGCAAGCUCGUAUGAGUCCCGGCGGAGCAAGAGGGAGCAUCCAAGCCCUGACACGACGACAGUCGAAGCUCGCGACACGAAGAAAGUUCGGUCGGUCGCAGUUCGAGUCAGUCAUGGUUCUAGUUCAGACGGAGAUUCAGCCGGUCAGGAUAAGACUAGCGCGUUGAAGAGUGUAAUGGAUUAUAAGGGGCAUGGCCACGAUUGUGAGAACAGCAGGAAGAAGAAAGCCAAGAAGAGGGAAAGCCCAGACUCUUGCAAGAUUAGAACUAAACGAGAAAGCGAGUUUGCAAGGAAAUUCUCCAGGAGACGAAGAAGUUCUUCGAGCGAGCGAACCAUACCACGGAGCAGCAGGUCUGAGUCUCCUUAUAGGAGUCGCGAGCCAUGCCGCUCCCAGCCCGCCCACCACCACACCAGGUGCCAAGGCGGAAGGAGGACAUCUUGGCCGAACUACAAGCGAGAUUUUAACGCGGACCUUGCAGGAAGGAGGGACGUCCGCGUGGGAUGCCGCUCCGCCUUGGGACAUAACCUCGCAGACGUCACGCAUCUGAACGGUGCUGUCUCAUUCACGCGUGCGCAGGCCAUGAUGCAGGCUCCGAUCAUCACCUGCCAUCACUGUAACAACAGCGUUACAAUGUCAUCGUGUUUAUGCGCAUCUCAGAGUCUACCUUGCGCCUCACCUGACAUGUCGAGGUGUCGCAUCCGGGACUCCAGCAAAGCCAACCCUUUCUACUCGUCGACGUGGAACAUGGACUGCAAAGUCUACAUCGGCAACCUCGGGGAGAACGCCACCCGCUCGGACAUCCGGGAAGCCUUCAGCAAAUACGGCCGCCUCAAGAACCUGUGGAUUGCCAAGAAGCCUCCGGGGUUCGCCUUCGUGGAGUACGAGCGCCCCAGGGAUGCUAGGCUCGCCGUCAGGGAGGCGCACGGAAGGGUGGUGUCUGGGGGGAGGAUAAAGGUACAAAUGUCAACAAGUGAUCGCCACACGAACGAGGUGGUCCAGCUUCCUCCAAGGCCUGCUCAGCAACCAAACCACGAGUCCUGGUCACGCAACAGAUUCGGCAGAGCUCGUUAACAGCAUCUCCCAGAUUUCGUGCGUCACAUCUGAUGCUAUUGGCUGGAAAGGAUACGUAUCAGACGGUUUAUUACAGUGAAAAAUCUGUUAUCGUUGACUUGUCGCUGGUGUGACUGUAUUACCUACAAAGACAAUCCGAAAAAAAAAACGUUGUGACAAUUAAAUCAGAUAUAUUUCAGUUGCACGUGGAACUUUGUUUAGGCCGUGAUUAACCAUGAUGAAAAUAUUAUGAUGUGUUCUUACAAUUCACCCGAUUUGGAAAUUCGUUAUUUUUGUAUUGUAAUCUAAAAUUAAUGUUAUAUACCAUAUGUUCUAAACAUAAAACGAACAAAGUAAACACUACAUAUUUUAGCGCUAUCAUGCACAAUCAGUCACAUGAACGUCAUUAGCCUUCCCGUGACAAGCGUUCACACACAGCUGCCUACGUCCUCUACCGUCAUCGGCAAAAGCAACGGCCGGGCUCCCUCCCUAUCUCAUGCUUAAUUCGAAGCGUACGAUAUACAUCCGUGAAAAUAUUUCUUCCAUCAUCAAAACGUUAUAUCGGCUCCGGGCUGGGAAAGGGAGGGAAUCCUGUCCGUUGCUGUAAUGUGGCACGUAGUUAGGACCCAGCUUUAGACGGGACGCCAACGCUGGGUGACAGGUCGUUGUGGUUAAACGAACAAUGAAAUCAAAGAACUCUCCUGAUCAUGCUGUUUGUCCAGUGUCUUUUUAUGAUUUGGGUAUGUUUUUAUUUCAUUCAUAUAACAAAAAAAUGGAUAAUGUUUUGUGUUUCUGGGGAAAUGUCUAGGGCAGUGAUUCUUGAAGUGGGUACCACAAGAUUCUGUAAUAAGAUAAAUUUGAUAUCUAAAUGAUAAGUUCCUCUCUUUCAUCUGGUACUUAUACUUCUGCCAGUUGAGCAUGUAGCCUAUGUUACG